AUGGGUGCUGGGUCGUUCGGCAAAGUGUACCUUGGCAUGGAUGCGGCGACAGGUCUGCUCAUGGCUGUGAAACAAGUCGAGCUCCCGACCGGCUCUGCUCCGAACGAGGAGCGGAAGAAAUCCAUGCUCAGCGCGCUCGAGCGGGAGAUUGAGCUGUUGCGCGAUCUCCACCAUGAGAACAUUGUGCAAUAUCAUUCUUCCUGCAUCGACGAUGAUCAUCUCAAUAUCUUCUUGGAGUACGUUCCCGGCGGCUCCGGCGCGUUCGAGGAGCCGCUUGUACGCAAUAUGGUUCGCCAGAUCUUGCUCGGCCUCAGCUAUCUUCACGAGCGUGAUAUCAUCCACCGAGACAUUAAAGGGGCUAACGUGCUUGUCGACAACAAGGGCAUUAGUAAGAUCUCCGACUUCAGUUUAUCGAAGAAGCUAGAGGAUAGUAAGUCGAUCUCCAGUCCAGUUCGUGCGGGUUCAGUCUUCUGGAUGGCGCCCGAAGUCGUGCAGCAGAAGGCUUAUACGUUUAAGGCGGAUAUCUGGAGUGUCGGCUGCUUGGUCGUUGAGAUGUUGACAGGCGAACAUCCGUGGCCGCACCUCUCCCAGAUGGAAGCCGUCUCUCAGGUUGGCUCCGCUAAGGCGAAGCCCCCUAUACCGCCAGACAUCUCCGCCGAGGCCGUUAAUUUCCUGGAGCUCACGUUCGAACUCGAUCACGAGCUCCGUCCUUCCGCUGCCGACCUCCUCAAGCAUCCCUGGAUUGCCAACACGCCGCACUGA